AUGGUUAGCACCACGCAUAUCAAGAGGCUUCGACAAAAACUGGGACUCAAGAAAACCACUGCCACACAACAAGAGACGCUAUUAGCUGCUCCGCUAUUCUGUUACAUAAAACAAGAAGACCAAUACUUACCAAUACUUAAGAAUGUGCAACCGAGCCAAGCAUUCUGCAAAAGCGGUAUCUCAGCUCGAGGGAUCGCCCAUUUCGCUAUUCUGCCAGGAAACUGUCAAUUCGAUAGCGAUCUGUAUUGUAGAAUCCUGGAGAAGUGUUACCUGCCCUUCAACUCCGACUUUUAUAACGGCUAUUGUCGUCUUGUACAAAACAAUGCCCCACCUCACAAAUAUCGUUGUGCAAAUGAUAUGCUUAAGAUUUGGAGGUUGACACACUGGAAUGGCCUGCGGAGUCACCAGACCUAA